ACGACGGGAACUGCCAUGCCGCUGUGGGAACUGCUUUUCACUUUAACAGCGCCCUCAAGUGGUACAACGAAUUUCGACGUGACUUGUCAAGAGAUGAUUACGAUGGGUGACUCGAGUGAAGAUCCUUUGGAAAAGGUUCAAGAGGCACAAAAAUGGAAAGAGGAAGGCAACAACCACUACAAGUUGGAGAGAUUUGAGGAGGCAGUAGAAGCAUAUAGUAAAGCAAUUGGCGCCUGUCCCAAGGGGCAAUCAGACAGGGCUGUUUACUACAAGAACCGCUCAGCUUGCUACCUGAAACUCCAAAAGUAUGAGAAGGCCGCUCAAGAUGCUGCUGCUGCUCUGGAUAUCAUUCCCAAUGACACCAAGGCACUCUUCCGGAAGUGCCAAGCCCUGGAGCAGCUAGGGCGAUUCGAGGAGGCUUUCAAGGAGGCGCUACAACUGAACAAGCUGGAGCCCAGCAACACAGCCGUGCAAGCCAUGCUCCGGAGGCUCAAUGCGAUCGUGGCAGAGAAGGUCACCAAACUGUCCACAACAGAUAGUAAAGUGGUACAGAUGUUUACUGCUUUAUCCGAUGAAGAUGUGGAGAAGAGAAGACAGGCUGCUAACAACUUGAUUGUCUUAGCGAGGGAGACUACAGGGGCGGAGAGAAUCUUUGCCGAAGGGGGUGUGUCCAAGAUACAGCACCUCCUACAAGGAGAGGACAAGGAGCUGACACUGGCUGGUCUGAGGGUGCUCAGUUGUCUUUGCCAGGGGCAUAAAGCAAGGGCCAAUGCAGUUUUAAAAGAAUUCACCUUACCAUCUCUUGCCAAGCUCAUUUCAUCACCAACAGAGGAGAUUGCCAAUGCUGCAGCAAACAUCCUUUUAACUGCAAUACAGGCAAUGAUAGAAGAAGACUCCAAACAACCCCGGAAAGCCAAAGAAGCUCUCGUGCCUGAUCUGACUACUGAAUUCAAGUCGCUCUUAAUGUUCCUCCUUGGUCUGCUGACGGACAAGAAUGUAUCAGGUUACGGCAGAGAUGCAGUCAUUGACAUCAUCAUGAAGUUUGUGCCAAAGGAGACCGGUACCGGCAGAGCACUCACGUUCAUGACCAAUGGAGGUUUAAUGAAACUGCUCACUGUGGCCGGCCAAGUACCAGAGCUUAAGCGGUUACCGAUAACUGCAAACACACGCAUGCACGCAGCUGUGGCUCUGUCUAAGCUCUAUGAUGAAAUGCACAGCGAGAAGAACCGGAAAUACUACGACGAAUUGUGCAAUAAAUUCAUCACGGAUAAAUUUAAUGUGAACACAAUGGAAUCCAACAUGGAGGCCAUUACAGCCAUCACAGCCCUACUACAGGGUCCGUUUGAUGUUGGCAACGGACUCAUUGGCAGAGAGGGCGUUGUUGAGGUCAUGGUUGCCAUGGCAGGAAGUUAUGACGUCCUUCAUCAGAAAGUUGCCUUAGAAGCGAUCAUCCAGGCUGCCAACAAGAAGGAUCGCUGCACUGGCAUCCUGCAAACCGGUAUCAACAUCUUGAAAGAAUGUUACAAGUCCAGCAACGAUAACAUCAAAGUGAGAGCGCUAGUCGGUAUGUGUAAGCUUGGGGUGGCGGGUGGGACCGACGCCAGCAUUAAACUGUUUGCCGACGGGGCCACAGUGAAACUUGCCAAAGAGGUGAAAAGAUUCCUUCUUAACCCAGAGAAGAUUCAUGACCUCCAGAAGUGGGCCGCAGAGGGCCUAUCCUUCUUAUCACUGGAUGGAGAUGUCAAGGAGGACAUCGUCAAUGACCCUAAGGCACUCAAGACGCUGAUUGAGUUAGCCAAGAGUGGCGAUAAGACAGUGUUGUACAGUGUAGCCUCGGUCUUUGUCAAUCUCAGCAAUAGCUAUGAUGAAGAGAAACCAGACCCGGAGAUGGUGAAGCUGGCUCAAUUUGCCAAACAACACAUCCCUGAGCCACACCCUAAGGACAGCAAGGAAUACUUGCAGGAGAGAGUCAGGAAGCUACUGCGAGAAGGAGUGGUCACAGCUCUAGUCUUCCUAGCCAAGGCCGACAGCGAGAACUGCCGGGAGCAAGUGGCCAGGGUGUUCCUGACACUGACGGAGGGCAAGGACGACCGAGGCCUCAUCGUACAGCAAGGCGGUGGCAAGGCUCUGAUCCCUCUUGCCAAUAACGGGACCAUGGAAGGGAAGGUCAGAGCGGCUCAGGCUCUGGCUAGGAUUGGGAUCACCAUGAAUCCGGAACUGGCAUUUCCUGGACAGCGGUGUCUCGAAAUUGUCCGUCCACUGGUCAGCCUCCUCCAUGUCGACAGGACAGGUUUGCAGAACUUUGAGGCAUUAAUGGCCUUGACGAACCUAGCUGGGAUCAGCGACUCACUGCGGAACCGAAUUUUGAAAGAAAAGGGUUUCUCCCAGAUUGAGAAUUACAUGUUUGAGGACCAUGACAUGAUCAAGAGAGCUGCCACAGAGUGCAUGUGCAACCUGGUUUCCAGCGAAGAGGUGGCUCAGAAGUUUCUGGGAGACAAUGAUCGUGUCAAGCUCCUUGUCUUGUACUGCGGCGAGGAGGAUGAGGCUUUAGUCAAGGCGGCAGCAGGAGCACUGGCCAGCAUAGCUCACCUCCAGGAAGUCUGUGACAAGGUUUUGAAGGUGAAGGCGUGGCUGGAAAUUAUGCAGGGUCUGUGCGCCAGCGAGAACAUCGACAUCCGAAUGCGAGGUGUGCACGUUGUCAUGAGUCUGAUUGAGAGCAGCAAGGAAAACGCCACCACCGUCGUCGAAACAAACCUGUUGGAAAUCAUGAUGGCCUUUGCCAAGGACGAGACGCCCGCUAUGAAAGGGGUGCGGUCCAGAGCAGAGAGUGCCCUCCAGCAGGCUACGGAAUGGGGUCUGAUCAAGCCUACGUAGUGAUGGAAAUAAGUCGUGGUUGGAAUAAUACGGAAAAAGAAAUGCAACUCAGUUUUUUCUGGACUCGAAACCUGACAGAUUUCAGGGGACUAUGAGGGAUGGGAAAUAGUGUCAUAUGAUGGUACAACACAACGCCGCUAUAACAAACAUGAUAGAUUUCACACUACAUGUUCGGUGGAAGUUAAUGUAGCGUUUCAGUCACCUGUACUCAUUCCAGACUCUCACCCAUUCAACUGUGAGAUGGCAUGCUUGACAAAUGUUUCUUCAUAAGGAUUUUGGUUCAACACCUCAAACUUACACCCAAAGUAUCAAGUUAAAAACAAACAAUAUUGACAUUUGUGUAUUUUGUUCAGUACAGUGUAUAAGUUGAGUUCCUUUCAUAUUUUACCAUUUGAAUGGUUCUCACUGGAAACUAAGCCGUGAAAUGAAAUCAGGUUUCCCAUUACAGUUUCCCUUGAGUCAUCUAAAAUUGCAUGUGAGGUCAUGUUGGCAUUACUUGGCUGUGGCCAGAAAUUGUGCACUAGUCUAGGGUGUAGUCGCAGCCAGUUCCCAUAGAGUAGUGUGUAAUGUUGAAGUCGCAGCCAAGUGAUUCUGACACAGCAUGACAUUGCAAUGUGGAUACACUGAUUAGUACUGUUAUAGAUAAAGCCGGGAACCAUUCUAUAGCUCUGGAUCGGAAUAGCCUCUUGAAAUGUCAGCCAAGUUUGGUAAAACAAUUGAAACUUUCUGCAAAUUAAAGCACGAAAGGUAA